AUGAUGGCUUCGUCUACAAAGACAAUUAGCUCUGGAUCAUUCGUCAACAAUAAUAGAAGAUUGUUGAGAGCUGAUACCAGAGACAGUGUAAUGCAUACCUAUCACGACGAGGAGAAACAAGGUCUUGUGGAACAUGUCAACUUCUUACUUAGGAAAGAUCAAAGACUGUCCACAAUCAUACCAAUCGAUCCACAAUCAGACUCAAUAUUCGCCUCACUAGCAGAUGGUGUAAUAUUAUGUAAACUUAUAAAUGCUAUUAGACCUGGAGUGAUCAAUGAGAAGGAUAUUAAGUUAUCCAACAAGUUGAACAUCUUUGAAAAGAAUGUCAACUUGGAUAUAUGUCUAAAGUCUGCCAGGACAAUUGGAUGUUAUGUGAUCAAUAUUGGUCCAACUGAUUUCCAUGAAGGAAAGAGACAUUUAAUAUUGUCAAUACUUUGGCAAUUGGUAAAGUUGGACUUGUUGAACAAGGUGUCAAGACUGGCCUCGAGGGUCAAGGCUGAGAUACUGGAUUUGGGUGCGAUGGAUAAUGUUGAUGAAAUGGUACCCGACGAGAUAUUGAUAAGAUGGGUCAAUCAUCACUUGGCCAAUGCAAAGUCUGAUCGUCGUGUGUCCAACUUUGCAUCGGACAUUCGUGAUUCAGAAGUGUACAUUAUACUAUUCAAUCAACUUGCACCAAAGACAUGUACGUUGGAUGCACUCAAUGAGCCAGACCUGUCCAAGCGCGCCACAAUGUUCCUCGAGUCUGCUGCCAAGAUUCAAUGUCGAAAGUUCAUCACUACUGAUGACAUUGUCAAUGCCAAUGGUCGUCUAAACAUCGCAUUCAUAGCAUAUGUGUUCAACAAGUUCAAUCAACUGGCUGAUGAGGAACCAGUCAUACCAUCCGAGGUGAUCAAGAGUGCCGACGAGAAGAUCGCCGCCAACACUGCCACCAUCGUUCAGAUUGAGAGCGCCAUCCAAUUGUACCAGAGUCGUGCCCAUGAGAGCAAGGAGAAGAUUGAUCAGAUGCGUCGUAGGAUCAACACGGUCAAGGUUGAGAACUUGAACAUCCAAGAGAAGUUUGAGGACAAGGCCAAGGACUAUGCACAUCAGUGGGACCAGCAACGUUCGACCUACACAGUUCAGGUGAAACAGCUGGAGGAGGAGCUGACCGUGCUCCAGACCGAGGCUCCAAUGACCGAAGAGCAGUUGCAGGAAGAAUAUGAGAAGGAGGCUGUCAUCAUCAAGCAGUUGGAACAUGAGGCUAUUGGACUAUCGAUGAACUUGGCUCAGAUAAAGGGUCAGGUACAAGUUGCCGAGUCUGACAGAAAGGAGUGCGAGGUCAAGUUGGACAGUGCCAAAGUGGACUUGGAGCGCGAGAUGUCUGUGUUGCAGGUAGAGAUGGAUGCUGUCAAGGCCAGGCUGGACGCCACUGGAAUCACCGAUGCCAAGAGGAAGCUAGAGCAGGCCAAGGCCGAGACCAAGCAGCUGAGUGUCAACAUUGAGGGAUUGAAGAAGGAGGAGAAGGUGUUGAUGCACAAGCUGUACGAUGCCCGCGAUGACAAGAAUAGGAUAGAGAGUGCAAGACGCAUGAUCCAGGAUCAACUGAACGCUGCCAAGGAGAACACAGACCGAGUGGUACGCACAAGGAUUGACACUGAGCGCGGUAUCGAUAGUGCCACGAGAAAUGUAAAGGAGCUAAAGAUGGAGGUGGAUCGAUUCAAAAACGACACUGUCUACAUCAAGAAACAGACCGAGGUCAUCAAGGUCGAGACCAAUGAUGUCGAAGAGCAUCUAGACACUUUGCGACGCGAGAAGAAGAGGUUGGAGAUCAAACGUGAAGAGAUCACCGAGGAGUUGAGCGAGAGGAAGCUGGACCUGGACAUUACAAUCACCGAGAAGAAGGAGUCUGUCAAGGCACUGCAGGGUGAACAUCGCGAGGCAUUGGGCAAGCUAAAGAGAGACUUUGAUCGUGACAAGAAUGAACUCUAUGAUGAGCGUGCCGAGAUGAAGGUUGAGAUGUUAAAGGCUACGACAGAGUUGGUCCGUGAAGCUUAUGCCACCGAGAACGUACAGAGAGAGGUGGAGGUCAUGGCUCAACACAACAGGUCAUACACACUUGACAUCCAUAUGGAGGGCAUCGAGCGACAGGUCACUGAGGAGAAGAUUGAACGCACGGCCAAGGAGAAGACCCGUACUCUGGAGCAAGUCGAGCUGGAGAAGCAACUCAAUCAAGAGUUAGAGAAGGCCAAUCAACAACUGAUCGACAGAAAGCAGAGACUGAGAAAGAGUCUGGAGCAGGCCAGUAUAGAGUUGUUGGCACAAGAUCGCCAGACAGUGCGACUGGACUCUGCCAAUGAUGAGUUGCGUUCAGGCAUCGAGGACACACAGACCGAGGGCAAGAGAGUGAUGAUCAGAAUGAUCGAGGAAGAGGCAGAGCUGGACAACAAAAAGUCGGAGCUCAGUGAGGAGAAGAGGAGAUUGAAAGGUGUCGAGGCUACAAUGUAUGAUAAGCAGAAGCAGGCGAUUGAGACUGUCGAUGUCAAGUAUGGCCGAGAGAUGCUAAAGUUGAACGCGAUCGAGUCAAUCAAGAGCAAGGAGCUUGGCAACAUUGAUCAACAGGUGGCACAGAUGGGCGCCAAGCAACUACGUCUGGAGAGUCGUCUGGAGCGCACAAGAGCUGAGCGCAAGACCGAGCAAGAGUUGUUGGAUCAUUCAUUGUCAGAGCGUGGCACUGCCGAGGAGAAGAAGAGAGAGUUGGAGCGCAAAUUGAUGGCUGCCAUGGUGAUGAUUGAAGAUGCUUCAAAGGAGAAGGAUGGAGCUAACUUAGAGAUGGAGGUCACUUCGAUGAAGCUGAAGAAGGUCAAGGAUGGCGCAUCGGUCGAGAGCAAGAGAGCACAUAGUAUGCUGGCCACAAAGAAGGAGAUGGAACAACGUCUGGCUCGUGUGGCAAAGGAGAUUGCCGAUAAGGAGUCCGAGGUGGAGGUAUGGCGCGAGGAGCAGGAAGACAAGUCACGCGCCGAGAUUGAAAGUGUGCGAGGUGUGUUGGCCAAGGACACCAAGAAGCGUCUAUCACAGAUUGAACAAGAGUUGAGUGAACAAGAAGAGAACCUGAUGAAGAAGAAGGAGGCCAAGAUAACAAGUAUCAGCAACAACAAUGCAAAGUUAUUCAAGGACAUUGUGAGAAUGGGAGAGAAGAAGGAAGGUUCAGUCACUGAACAAGAGCCAUCAACAAUGUCAUUCUGUCUAGGUUCAUCGAAUGGUAUGAUGAUGGAGUAG